AGUUACUUGUCAGACGGUGUGUAUGCGUAAGCAGUCACACAGAAAUAUUCGCGGCGUGGAGAAAAAUAAAAUUUAGCACUUUAAAAGGUGAAAAUACAUUGUACUUUGGAAAUUAUAUAAAAAGUUGAAGGUGAAACAUGUGUCUGUAUUAUAUGUUUUAAAAUUGUGUGAAAGUAAUACGCAUUUUAAGAGAAAUCAACUUCCGAAUUGCAAUGAGUUUUGAUGACCUACGAUAGUGUUGGUCUAAAAUGGCGUCGAACAUCAUUUAGUUAAAUGGCGUCCUAAUAAAAUGAACUGAAAUACAUUUUCUAUAAAACGAAAAUAAAAUUACCAUCGUAUUAUUUCAAGUUUUGUGUGUAUUACAAUUUGGAUUAAAAAUAAAAGAAAAAUCUUUAUAAUAUUUCAAAAUAUGGUGCAAUAUUUGUAAGCAAAAGGAAAAAAGAGAAGUGUGAAGAAGGAAGGUGUUACGAGAAUUGUAAAAAUCAAAUGACUCGUCGUAAUCGCAUUCGUUGACUUCGCAUUUGCCGCUGUGUGUGUGUGUGUCGUAAAUUUGUGAAAAGCGAUGCGGGUAGUAAAAAUUAACAAAAGAGAACAGAGAAAAUAAGCAAGUGAAAAAACAAAAAGUGCGUAAAAGUCGAAAAGGCGGUUUGUUAACGUCAUCGUGUUAUUCUGAUACCGAAGUGCACUGAACGUACAAACUUUUACGCGCAUCCAAACGGGCUGGAGUCGGCGGUGGCUAAGUGCGGCGUAAAUAUCGUCUCUUUGUAGUAAAAAUAUAUAUUGAAUUGAAUUAGUGGAGAUAAAAGUAGAUCCACAUAUAAACAUAUAAACAUAUGUACAUAAAUUGAAAAAGUGUCAGAGUGUCACAUUGUUGUUGUUGUGAUAAUAAAGCACAAAUAAGUCAGUAAUCAAGCCGUGUUUACACACAACCAGUGCGUGCGCGUGUUUACAUAGCAGCGCCCACGUCUACGUUUCGUUUUACGUUUGCGGUGUCUACUUACUACGUACCAAAAUUGUUUGUGUUUUUUUCGACUACUUUUCUGUUUGGAGCCUUUUUUUCUUUGUUUAUUAACUUUGUAUUGCAUUCCGUUCCGUUUAAUCGUUGCUUAGCUGGUGAAUGUCUACAUAAUAUUCACUUAAUUGGCCAACAAGUGGUAACGGUUUGUUGCUGUCUUUUGUUUUUUUUUUUUUGACUUGUGUUUGUUGGAAAAAGCCUCACCACGAAUUACCUGUCCUUCACAUCGUCGCGGCGAUCAACUGUAGUCGCAACAAGUGGUGGCAAAACACCGGCCGUCAGCACCACUGCAUUAGCCACUUCAGCGGGAUCUGCCUCUGCGUCGUCUAGUGUCUCAUCGUCAUCGUCUGCGCUUGGCCUGCUGAGUUCGAGUUUCGCCGCUACAUUCUCGAAUCCAUUUAGCAGUAGCAGCAACAAUAGUAGUAAUAGUAACAAUAGCAACAACACCAAUACUAGUAAUAAUACUAUUAUCAAUAAUACCACUGCCUAUGCAACAACAGCAACUGAAGAGCCAAUAAUAGCAACCGAAAUACCAAAUUAUCAAAAAUUGCCUCCCACAGCCUACAAUACAAAGCAACAACAACAACAGCAACAACAUCAACAUCAUCAAUCGCAACAAAAUCGUUCUACUACUAGUAGUACUUACUUUACGAACAACCCUAACAGUAGUGGCAGCAAUCGUGCAAUGGCUGCUAGUGGCACAGCUGCACCGAACAGCAGUAGCAGCGGCAGCAGCAGCACAGCUGCGCUUGGCUUGUCGCCCACAUAUGAACCGCUUGGCGGUGGUCCACUGGCCACAAUCGUCAAAGAAGGCUGGCUACAGAAGCGUGGCGAACAUAUAAAAACUUGGCGUUCGCGUUAUUUCAUACUGCGCGACGAUGGCACAUUGAUGGGCUAUAAAAGCCCGCCGGUGAAUAAUGCACCCGCUGAUCCAUUAAACAAUUUCACAGUACGCGGUUGUCAAAUUAUGACAGUCGAUCGACCCAAACCGUUCACAUUUAUAAUACGCGGUCUGCAACGGACAAAUGUUAUUGAGCGCACUUUUUGUGUGGAAAAGGAGAUUGAAAGGCAACAGUGGACUGAUGCCAUUAGAAACGUAGCGAGCCGCUUGAGUGAAUUGGGCGAAACGGCUAUGUCGCUAUCGACCUCAACAGACAUGUCUGACGUGGAUAUGGCAUCUAUUGCUGAGGUGGAACUGCGUAACAGUUUCUCCGUGCAGGGCACAACGAAACGCACUAGUGGCGGUGUUAAAAAAGUCACCCUUGAAAAUUUCGAGUUUUUGAAAGUGUUAGGUAAAGGCACUUUCGGCAAAGUUAUUCUGUGUCGUGAGAAGGCGACCGCAAAGCUGUAUGCAAUUAAAAUUCUCAAAAAAGAGGUUAUCAUACAAAAGGAUGAAAUCGCGCACACCAUCACCGAGAGUCGUGUUCUGCAAACCACGAAUCACCCCUUCCUAAUUUCACUUAAAUAUUCAUUUCAAACAAACGAUCGUCUGUGUUUUGUGAUGCAAUACGUAAAUGGUGGUGAACUAUUCUUUCACCUGAGUCGUGAACGUCUUUUCAGUGAGAGUCGUACGCGUUUUUAUGGUGCUGAAAUAAUUUCUGCUUUGGGUUAUCUACACUCCCAGGGUAUUAUAUAUCGUGAUUUAAAAUUGGAAAAUUUAUUGUUGGACAAGGAUGGUCAUAUUAAGAUUGCUGAUUUCGGGCUGUGUAAAGAGGAUAUCACUUAUGGUCGUACUACGAAGACGUUCUGCGGUACGCCAGAGUAUCUGGCGCCUGAAGUAUUGGAGGACAACGAUUAUGGGCAUGCAGUCGAUUGGUGGGGAACCGGUGUCGUCAUGUAUGAGAUGAUAUGUGGACGUCUUCCUUUCUUUAAUCAAGAUCAUGAUGUACUCUUCACACUUAUCUUAAUGGAGGAGGUAAGAUUUCCCCGCACAAUUUCGGAUGAGGCGCGCAGUUUACUUGCCGGCCUGCUGGCUAAAGAUCCCCGUCAACGUUUAGGUGGCGGGCAAGAUGAUGUCAAAGAAAUACAAGCGCAUCCCUUCUUUGCGAGUAUUAAUUGGACGGAUUUAGUGAAUAAGAGGAUAACACCGCCUUUUAAACCACAAGUAGUAUCCGAUACAGAUACACGCUAUUUCGAUACAGAGUUUACGGGUGAAAGUGUGGAAUUGACGCCGCCAGACCCUGCUGGUACAUUGGGUUCUAUUGCAGAAGAGCCGCUUUUCCCGCAGUUCAGCUAUCAGGAUAUGGCAUCCACAUUAGGCAAUUCAUCGCACAUCAGCAGUUCGGCUGGUCUUGCAUCGAUGCAAUAGAAUCGAAUAAAAUGCGAUUGACAUUGCAAAUGUCAAUGUCGUCACCAAUAUGUUGAUCGUCCUUAUGAUCAUUACUGCCAUCAUCGUCAUCACCACCAUUUUCAUGAAUAUUUUGAGAAACAAAUUCAACAGCAACAACAGCAGCAACAACAACUAACAUACCAUCGACUGCAACUGCGACAAAUUUUGAUUGUCGCUGUUUUCGCAAUUACAGUUGCCGCCACAACAGCCUACAUACACCCAUACAUUUACGAAUAUGUUGCAUGCUGUUGCAAUAUUCAACUUGCAAUAAUUUAAAAGCUGUUGUGUUGGCUGAAAUUGCUGCAUGCAUACAUACCAUAGAAAGCGAAAUGUAGGGCUGUUUAUGUGGGUCUACUGGGUGCUGGUUGCACAUGAGGAAUUGCAGACCACUUUCAGUAAUUGUUGGGCUGGUUUCGCGGAUUUUACUUCUUUGAAUGGCGGAGCCACCGCAAUUGGCCACUAAAAGUGCAGUCUUUAUACAAUUUUAAGCAGUGAUUGUAGCAACGCUACAAAAUGACUGGCAACCUAAGUUACUGUGAACCAAAAAAAGGGGGAAAAGAACUACAUAAGCUAAAGAAAAAUGUAA